AUGGAGCUCUCCGAUGGCGGGUCCGUGCAUGAAGAAAGCGCAUCGUACACGCAAACCCCGGACUCAUCGAUAAAAGAUACAUCAAAUUAUCACGUGGAUUCAUCCAGUCAAGAGGUAUCGCCAAGAGAUCCAUUGAUUAAUGAUGUGAAGAAUAGCGAUAAAGAUCUCAAUUUCGAUACUUCCGAUGCUCGCACACUGGAAGAGUUUUAUUUUACACAGUGGAGAGCUUGUGUCACUCCAAUCCUACCCCCAGUCUUCACUGACCUGACCCUGACAAUACCUACGUUUCUGCCGUUUAAAUAUGCUGUCCUUGCAGUAACGGCAGCUCAUCUCGCUCAUACCGGAGCUUCAAUCCGUUCUGGCGAUGAUGAAAUAUACAUUCCAGAGCGCACACAUCGAUAUCGAAGCCUUCAGUACUACGGAAAGGGAAUCCGGGAGCUGGCAGAAUACGUGAAUGGCUUUCCUGAUGAGAAUCUCGACCAUCUGGUCGCCACCUCACUUCUUUUUUAUUAUAUCGAGAUCGAUGUAGGGUCGAUCAACAGUGCUGUUGAACACAUUGAAUUGAUCAACCGGCUACAUUGCUCUGCUCAGUCGCAUGUGAAGGAAGGGUCGAUCAAACUCAAUCCCAAACUGCUCAGUACCUGGAAAAGUUCACGAUCCUUGGCAAUCAACAAGCGGCUUACGAUUGGGUCCAAUCGAUCGCGACCUCUUGCUGCAAUUCAACCUCGAGACCCGACAGAUUCAUCAGAACAAGCUGGGACAUCAUCUGACAUCAUUGCGCAGCUGCUUUGCGAAACAUUUUCCAGCGCUAGAAAGAUAAUUGUGGAGUUUUUCGUAUGUCGUGGAACCAGGCUAGCCUCAGAGGAGCAAUCUCGGAUUGCCUUUGGGGCUCUGGUUGAGCACAUUUCCUCUCCUAACGGGCAAACUGACUCGCCUGGUCAAUCCACCAAUGCCGAAGAGUCAUAUUUAAAGGAGUUUGAGCAAAAUCGCAAAAAUUUAGACAAUUGGCACGCGCAUCUCGAUUUAUCAGAGCUCCCAGUCGAGUCCUUCACUUCUGCAUCCACUGAGCCGAUUGGAGAGAAAGACGGGGAAUUGCACGUCCAGCCUUUGAGGUUUCGAACUUAUGGGGCAGCUAUGAACUACGCAUAUUAUGCCACGGCACAGCAUGCCAGUUCACAGCAAAUGAUCAAUCGAUUAACGGCGUUCGCUCAUCCCGAUAUCGACUCCAGCUUCACGCGAGAGAACUAUCCCUGGGAAAGCCUGCUUCUUCGCAUUGCCUGCGGUCUUGAUCUAGAAGACUGCCUAUAUAAACAUACCUUCAAGAUUGGCAUUCUCUCCUUAUUGAUCUGUAUUGCAUCUUCCUGUCCCCAUAUCGGAGUGGCAAAUUGGAUCCACGACUGGAUGGGAAAGCUUGGAAAUUAUGGUAGAGCAGUUGAAGAUGGAAUGCCCGUGGUAAUGGUCAUGCGCGUUAUGCGUCUAAUCAUAGCGAUGAAACAAGAUGGUCAUGAUGCAUUUCGAAUUUCCGUGCUGGACAGCGACAGCAAAGAGAAAGAGGAGUUUUAUCACGGCAACAUCGAUCUCAAGGUGGCGGUCUGCGGGAAGGAUCGAGUAAAGGGGAUAAUGUAUAAUAAUGUGGUCGCAUUGCCUAAGUAG